UUAUUUUUCAUUUCAACAUCGUACAAAAGAUAACACGUAAUUCUAAUAGCUAUAUAGCAAAGUGCUAAGCUCAUAUGGCUAGUUGACAUAAACUGGAAAUGGCAAUGCCGACAAUCAUUAUUAUCUCUGCAUCAACAUUUAUUAGCAAACCAAAUUUAAUUUGGAAAUUAGAGGUUCCAAAAUCCUGCAUUUCUAAUGUCCCAGUUCGACGAUCUGGAAAUUAUCAACCUUCUAUUUGGGACUAUAAUCAUAUCCAAUCUCUGAAGAAUCAUUAUUCUGACGAGAAAUUCAUGAGACGCCGCGAUGAACUGAAGAUGGAAGUCAAGAUUAUGCUUAGUGAUCGUAACAUGAAUCAAUUGGAGAUUAUUGAUAAUUUGCAAAGGCUUGGAUUAUCUUAUCACUUUGAAGAUGAAAUUUGCAACAUUUUGAAUAACUUAUGUGACAAAAAUAGCAAAAGAGAGAACUUGUAUGCUAAAGCUCUGGAAUUUAGGCUCUUGAGACAACAUGGAUUUAACAUUUCACAAGAUAUUUUUGAUGGUUUCUAUGAAAAUACAGCUGGUUUUAGUAAUGAGGAUAUAAAAGGGGUGUUAUAUUUGUAUGAAGCUUCAUUUCUUGCAAUAGAAGGUGAAAAAGAGUUGGAGUUAGCAAGAAAUUUGACAGAAAAACACCUAAGAGAAUAUUUGGCUGAUCAUCAAAAUAAAAAUUAUAUGGAUCAAAAUUUGGUUGAAUUAGUGCACCAUGCCUUGGAACUUCCAUUGCAUUGGAGGAUGUUGAGAAUAGAGACAAAAUGGUUCAUCAAUUAUUACAAGAAAAGACAAGACAUGAUCCCUUUCUUGCUUGAGUUUGCUAGCAUUGACUUCAACAUUGUUCAAGAAGCUCAUGUUGAAGACUUAAAAUAUGUGGCAAGGUGGUGGAAGGAAACAUGCUUAGCAGAGAAUCUGCCAUUUGCUAGAGAUAGAUUGGUGGAGAAUUUUUUUUGGACAAUUGGAGUAAAUUUCCUUCCUCAAUAUGGAUAUUUCAGAAGAAUUGCCACAAAAGUUAAUGCUUUAAUAACCACAAUAGAUGAUGUCUAUGAUGUUUUUGGUACUCUGGAUGAACUACAAAUAUUCACUGAUGCCAUCCAAAGAUGGAAUAUCGACGAGUUGGAUAAACUCCCAGACAAUAUGAAGAUGUGUUAUUUUGCACUCGACAACUUUAUUAACGAAGUGGCUGCCGAUGCUUUCGAAGAGCAAGGCAUUUUCAUUUUACCAUAUCUAAGAAAUGCGUGGAGAGAUUUGUGCAAAUCAUACCUACGAGAAGCAAAGUGGUAUUUCAGCCAGUAUAUCCCAAGUAUGGAAGAAUAUAUGGACAAUGCCUGGAUUUCAAUAUCAGCUCCAGUAUUUUUAGUACAUGCAUAUUUCCUAGUUGCCAAUCCUGUAAACAAGGAGGCUUUGCAUUACUUGGAGAAUAAUUAUCAUGACAUAAUUAGUUGCUCAGCGUUGAUAUUGAGGCUCGCCAAUGAUUUAGGAACAUCAUCGGACGAGUUGAAAAGGGGUGAUGUUCCCAAAUCAAUACAAUGUUACAUGAACGAAACUUAAGCUUCAGAAGAAGAGGCUCGACAACAUAUUAGGACUUUGAUUAGCCAGACAUGGAAGAAAUUGAACGAAGCUCAUGAGUUAGCAGCACACCCCUUCCCUAAGAUAUUUGUUACGUGUGCUAUGAACCUAGCAAGAAUGGCACAAUGCAUGUAUCAGCAUGGUGAUGGCCAUGGAAGUAAUAACUCCACGACUAAAAAUCACAUCAUGGCGUUGCUCUUUGAAUCUAUUCCUCCAGGAUACAAACGUUCUUCAGCAGAACUCCUCUCGUAACUGAUUCUUUCGUUUCUUUGGGUCACUCCUGGUGAAAAAAUGAAAUAAAAAAAGAUUAUGAUGUCAAAAUCUUGCGCCCUUGUUUUUUCAAUUUCCCGGCUACUGCGUGUUGAUUAUACUUAUUUAAGUACGAUGUAUUUGUAUAUUCUCUUUUUUUGCUUUUUUUAUGGCAUCAUCCGGGUUUUCAAGACCCGGUCAAGGAAUUGGAAAAUUCCAUGAAUGGAUUUCUCUGAGCACAAAAUAGAGUGUUUAGUUGAAUAAUCGUUGGUGUCGAAAUGGAGCAACAAGAGUGGUUGGACAGGCUAGGAAGCAUUUCUUUUACUCUUCUAUGUCUAUUAAGUGUUUUGAUCCUUGCGCCGAUUCUCGUCUUUCGUCUUUUCUUUUGUGUGUCGAGCGAGUUUGGAAAGAAGGUUCCCGGUUGGCUUUGUAUGAAGAAUCCUAUCUUUCUAGCCCUAAGUGAGCCAUAGAUUGUGAGUGAGCUUUCGAGGAGUAGAGAUCGAGCGUCGAAAUACCAGUGGAUCAUUUUUUCUUUAUUCAAUAUAAUUAUUGAAAGGAUAAAGCGGAACAGACGCUUCUCGCAAACAGCAACUAUCCAUAGCGAGAGAGAUCCCUUGUCUAUGGUCACUAGAGAGAAAUUCAUGAUCUAGGGUCAGUGGAUUGGAAAUCUUAGUAGGUCAAAUAGUUGGUUAUCAAAACCUUCACCUUGUUAGUAAGAUUUCGAUUCUCCUCCUUAUAAUCCCCUCCCCUAUUUCUCCUUCACCUACCCCAUUCUUAAGGGGGGGGGGGGCGAGAAUGGUCAGUGGGUUCAGAAUGCAUAGUACAUAAUAAGUUACUCGUCUCGUUCUAAAAGGAAGGGAAAACUUUACAUGGCUCCUUUCUCAGAACUAUGGAAAUUUUAACUUUUGACAAA